CGCCGCCGCCGCCGCCGCCGGAAGGAGCCGCCAUUUGCCACCGCCGAGCGCACGGGCCGAGGCAAGCCGGAUCCGGGAGCCGGAACGGGACUGGGGCCGGGAGGACAGCGAUGGGGGGCGGCCCCGCCGCUGGAGGACCUGGGCGCGUAACCCCCGGGGCCCGGCCCGCUCCAGACCCGGACCCGCGGGGCGCGGCACCCUGAACCUCCCCUACCCGCCCCCUGCCCUGGCCAUGGCUGACCACCGUGCUGCCCCCGGACCGCCUGCCCUCUCGGCUCCGCGCGUGCCGGAAUCCCGGCGGUGGCAGCCGUGAACGGCGCCUUCAGGCCCCGAAGACCCCGGCUGGGCUCGGCUCCCCAGCGCGCGCCCCCUUCCCGGCCUUGUCCUCGCCCCUCCCCCCCGCCGCCCGACAGCCCCCCUCGCACGCCGCCCCCCGCCCCCCGGCGCCCGGACGAUGCUCAAGUCCCGGCUCCGCAUGUUCCUGAACGAGCUGAAGCUGCUGGUGCUGACGGGCGGGGGGCGGCCCCGGGCCGAGCCGCAGCCCCGGGGGGGCGGGGGAGGCGGCUGCGGCUGGGCGCCCUUCGCCGGCUGCUCCAGCCGGGACGGCGACGGCGACGAGGAGGAGUACUACGGGUCAGAGCCGCGGGUCCGGGGCCUGGCCGGCGACAAGGAGCCGCGGGCCGGACCCCCGCCGCCGCCCGCGCCGCCGCCGCCGCCCCCGGGCGCGCUGGACGCCCUGUCACUCAGUAGCAGCCUGGACAGCGGGCUCCGAACCCCCCAGUGCCGGAUCUGCUUCCAGGGCCCGGAGCAGGGGGAGCUCCUGAGCCCCUGCCGCUGUGAUGGCUCAGUGCGAUGCACACACCAGCCUUGCCUCAUCCGCUGGAUCAGUGAGAGGGGCUCCUGGAGCUGUGAACUCUGCUACUUCAAGUACCAAGUCCUGGCCAUCAGCACCAAGAACCCCCUGCAGUGGCAGGCCAUCUCCCUGACUGUCAUCGAGAAGGUCCAGAUUGCUGCCAUAGUUCUGGGUUCGCUCUUCCUUGUCGCCAGCAUCUCCUGGCUCAUCUGGUCCUCACUCAGCCCUUCAGCCAAGUGGCAACGGCAGGAUCUGCUCUUUCAGAUCUGCUAUGGCAUGUAUGGCUUCAUGGAUGUUGUCUGCAUAGGCCUCAUCGUCCAUGAAGGUUCAUCUGUCUACCGCAUCUUCAAGCGCUGGCAGGCAGUAAACCAGCAGUGGAAGGUCUUAAAUUAUGACAAGACAAAGGACAUAGGAGGAGAUGCAGGGGGAGGGACAGCAGGAAAGCCAGGCCCCAGGACCUCACGGACGGGCCCCCCUGCUGGGGCUACCAGCCGUCCCCCUGCUGCCCAGCGCAUGCGGACGCUCUUGCCUCAGCGCUGUGGUUACACAAUCCUGCACCUCCUUGGACAGCUGCGGCCACCAGAUGCCCGUACCAGCUCUCAUUCUGGCCGAGAGGUUGUCAUGAGGGUCACCACAGUCUGAUCUGGACUCCAGGAGCAGGGAUCUUGAGUCAAUGCAUCAGCCAGAGAUGAGCUCUCAUGGCUGCUGGAGGUACCACCUGGGCAAAGUGUUUGGGGCCUAAGUACCCUCACCACUGAGAACCUCAAUGGGCAGCCUCAAGCUGGAAACAUUGUCUGGCCUCUACUGCCUACUGGGUAGACACCUGGAUGACAUUCCAGCCCUCAUUGACAACUCCUCUCACUCAUCCUGAGACAGCCAGUGUGCAGGUGGAGAGAUCAUCUUUUCUUCCUGGAGAGAACCGUCUUUACCUCAGCUCCUAGGGCCUCCAGCCCCCUGGCUCUACCACAAUGACUUGGCAAAGGGGGACCAAUGCCAGAAGAAAGGGGCUGUAGACCCCCAUUCCCCACCCCAUGGCCAUAGGGCAUCUGGCAAUAAGACAAGUAUACAUUGACCUCCCGUUCCCUGCAUGAGGGCGGGGGACUUCCCCCUGCUCCAUCCCCCAUUGCAUGGGGGAAGGGCAUAAAGAAUCAUUUAUAUGCACAUGGAGACUCCUUUCUCAUCUGGGGCUUUUCUGAAGGGCUGGGAGGUGUGGGAAGGUUUCUGUGCAGGUUGCAAAUCCCAAAUGUAGCAGCGGGUUCUGAGUGGAAGGCGUGACUCCCACUUGCUGGUGAAUAAUUCACAUUGGCUGCUAGGUGGCGGUGCUCAGAGGAAUCUGGAGGAUUGGGCCUGCCACCUGUAAGCUGUAUGAUUUAGAAAAAAGAAAAAGUAUCUCUCAGCCUAUGUUUUUCCUGUCUACCUCAUAGAGUUAGAGCGAGGAUAAUGAAGGACAGGUUGGACGCCAUUGCAAGGAAAUCUGAUAAUGGCAUAAAAAGAGUUCUAGACUAACUGAUGGUCCAUUUAUUUCAAACAGUAGUUGGUAUAACAAACUCCAAAAUGUGUUUUUCAUCAAGUCUUGCCCAGAACCUGAGAAUCUUAUGUUGAAUAGUAUAAUAGAUAUGGAAAUAUGAGGGGAAAUAGAUAUUGUAAAUGUGGAGGAUGGUGGUAUUUGUUAGGAAUGAAAACUCCUUUUACCCUCUGAACAUUGGGGUAUUUGGGAAGGCUGUUUCUAUGUAUCUUGGUUUGGAGAGUGUCUGAGUUUUACUAGUCCUUCCUACGUACUGUGUUCACCCAGAAAAAUAGUGUGAAGUGAAUAUGGACUUGUGGAGUGACAUGGAGAGGAACUCUCCCCUAAAGUUGUGAAUCUGACCCCAAUUUGAGCUAUUUCUAUGGCAGUUCAGGCUCUCAGGUCUGAUCCUGGUGUGCUCAGCUAGAGGUUUUAAGUGAAAGGUAUUCUUCAGGGAAGCAGCUUUAAGGGUGGUUGUUUAUAGACAAAAGACUUGAAUUGCUUGAAUGUGGAUAGAACUGGGUUAAAAUGUGG